GUCCGGGAAGGGCAAGGCAGGGAGGAGCUGAGGGCUUGUUUGCAUAGUCAAGUCCAUAAGAUUACGUAGCUUCCCCUCUGCACCCCACAUGCUUUAAGUGUGUGUUCAAGUAGGCGACUGUGCACCAAGACUAGAAAAUGCAUGCAGAAUUGCUGAGUCUUCUCGUCGCGCGCACAUUGCAUACCUGUCUGUCAAGCAGAGGGAGCUCUCUCCAGGGAAACUGCAGGGAUGCGGGCGUGGAAACAUGAGAAAUAAUCAUUAAUUGUAUGUGGUGCAGUGUCUGGGGGAACGUGAGCGCCUUUACUGUCAUCCUCGGCAGUAAUCCAGGCUGAGCUAAUGGCCUGAGACAAUGAUCCAAGGGAAGUGUGUUGGUGGCUCAGCCCAAGGAUUGGAGUGACGGAAAAGCACAGCCAAUUUAGCAGUUACUAUUCAUUUUUCCUCCAUUGGUUGGGACUAGACUGUAAGAGUUAAGCCCAGGACCCAACCCUUUGCUGACAGUCUGGGCUGGCGAACCAGUUGGUGACAAGAGGCAGCUGCUGCUGAGAGAGCAUGUGAGGCUGGGGCAGUGAAUGGGGCUUUAUCACAGCAUGGGACCUGCCUCUGUCCGUGCUGCCAGUGCCCAGCUGCAGUCACAGUCCUGCUGAGGAACACACAGGGACACUUGAGCAGUCUCUGGACUCAGCAGCCCUGCAGCCACUGAGUCUGGAGAGACAGAAGACCCACAGCGGCAGUAUCACCUGAGACAAGCUUCACUGAACAGGGAUGCCCAGAUGCAUCAAUGAAAUAACUAGGACAAGGAGGGGGCUGGAGGACUCAGUACCAGCCACUCCCCAUGACAUUCUGGAGGUGCAUCAGCUCACUACACUGGACACCGCAGAUCAAGCUCUAUUGUCCUGCCCCUCAGUCAUAGUCUUUCCUGGCACAUCCCGUGGUGUGCAGCCCGUAACUCACUAGGGGAUGCAGUGAUGGGCACCCCUGCUGUAAUGGAGCUCUGACAGUCAGUGGCCACAGGGCAUCAGAGGGCAAGAACAAAAGCUGCCUGCCUCCCAAGGAAAUGCCACAGCCUUCACAGCUGCUGUGGCUUUGACCUCCCCGGCCAGGGACCCUGGUGCCAUCUAUGUGAUCAUCGCAGCACAUCCCGCCCAGCCUAGAGGCCCCUCAGGCACCCACCAUGCCUGAACUGGAGGAGCUCAGUGUGCCCAGGCCCCCUGCGGAUGCUGGCCGUAUUCAGAGGAACAUCCUUGAGGAGCAUGUCGAGCUGUGGUGGUUCAAGGACCCUAAGAAAUCCAUCUUGUGCUAUGGGGUGGCUGUGGUGCUAAUUCUGGCCUGUGGGACAGGAGGCAUUGUCCUCCUCUAUAGCACCAGCAGCUGGUCCGGGGAGUGGCGGCUGGCUGUGGGCACCACGCUCUGCCUCCUGGCCUUGCUAGUACUGCUGAAGCAGCUGCUGAGCUCUGCUAUCCAGGACAUGAAUUGCAUCCGGAGCCGGAACCAAAUUGAGCUGCUGAAGAGUGGUGGCUUUUCGGACUGUGUGGUGCUGCUGCUUAGCGCUCUGGUGCUGCUGGUCUGUGGCGUGGUCCUCACUGUCCUCUCCACCACAACCAUGCAGCUCAGCCCCUCACGGCCUCUGGCCAGCAUGUUCACCAGUGGAGUCAUCCUCAUGACUGCUGGGGCUGCCAUUCUACUCUGCCUGCUGCUUUACGUGCUCAGCACCUCCUGCUGCCCAGUUGCUCCCAGGAGCCUGGGCACAGGUGACAUUAGCAUCUUCACCAUCUCCAGCCGGCUUGCUGUGAACCACCGGCUCGCCACCACCUCCAGCAUGGCCAACCUGAUCUAAGGCCUGGGCAGAGCCAACAUGCCCUUCAGUAUGGCAAAUGUGCACUGACCCUGGGGCAGGGCAAGGCCAUGUCCGCCACCCCUUCAGCAUGGUCAAGCUAAUCUUAACCUGGGGAAGAGCUGAAAUUUGAGUGUUGCCUUGACCCAACUGCAGUUAUCAUUGAAAGUGGACUGGCAUUUGCACUUUACUCAGGCCAAUCGGCCUGAACCCUGGCAAAGACAAGGCAGUUCCUGAGUUGAUUUGAUUUAACUGGAACUUUACAAGUAGGACACUGGUCCUGUUUUAUUUUUUACCUCAGCAAAGUCUUCUAUGGCAUUUGCUGUCUAUCCCUCUGACACACUGGGAUCCCUGCUCUGAAAGACAAAGAGGAAGGUGUGCAUGUCCUGGGCCUGACCCUGUUGAGAAGCUCUUUCUUCUCUGGGGAGAUCCUGAAGUGUUUGGCGCUAAAAUAAUCUGUUUCUUGUGUAAGAGUCUUCCGCUGUAGUGGUUGGCAGGGCUAUGACUGCUGAUGGUGGAGUCGUCUCCUACAGCUCUGGGGUAGAGCUGCUCCUUGGGGAUCCAAGUCCUAGCAGGAAUUGUUUCCUAACAAGCUGUGCCACUGUGAGUUUGUGCAUGUGUCCCUGAGACACCAAGCCUGCUAGGUGACCUGUCCCAAGCUUCCCUCCAGCAGCUGAGCAUGGAGCCAUGUCCCCACCGCUAAAAGGGUGAGCAGUCUGCUGCGAGCGUUGAUAUCUGACAAAGAGAGGGGGCGCAGGUCCGAGCACUUUGUUGCCUGCUGGGUGUGAGUGCAGAGCUGUGUGCAUGUGCAUAUCCAUAUGCAUGACUGUGAGGUAGGGUGACCAGAUAGCAAGUGUGAAAAAUUGGGACGGGGUGGAGGGUAAUAGGUGCCUAUAUAAGAAAAAGCCUCAAAAAUCGGGACUGUUCCUAUAAAAUUGGGACAUCUGGUUACCCUACUGUGGGGAGCUGGCACUGGGGAGGGAUAGUGCAUGUAGAUAGCAGUGCAGAUGGGGUGGAUACAUUGAUGUGAGUGGCACAGAUGAGUGCAAGUGCUGGGUAUGUGCAAGAAUGCAUCUGUAUGUGUGAUGUCUUUUUGUGUUUGAGGGGAUGUGUGACUGGUCUGCAAAUUAUAGCUGUGUACUAAGCACAUGCCCUGACAUGUAUGGCUUGAUUACAGUGAGGUAUAUUUGCAGCCCUUAUGCAGGGUUCCCCCUCCCCCAGCCAUUCUUCAACUAAACUAGACAGAUUUAGCUGUCUCAGUUGCUCCCCCAAACUUGUCCCCUCUGCCCUGAUCACUGAUGCUCUUUGAAAUCUCUUCAAUUUGCAGAUACUCUUUGUGGGGGUUGUGGUUCCUGGAACUGAAUGCGGCAUUUCAGGAGCAAUUGUACUAGAGCCAUAUCCACACUGUAUAGAGGAGCACUAUUCCCGCUUUACUCUGGAACGAUACUUCUGGGUACAACCCAAACCAUGCUGGCUCAUAAUGCCGCGAGCUCAUAGUGAAAACUCCUGUAUCACUAGGUCUCUCCCAGCUCUCUCCCUGCCACUGAACCACUCUGUGAUGUUCUGCCAGAUUAAUUACUUGCACAUAUCCAGGCAAACUCUCAUUUUGUUAGUCCCUGCCUGGGUCUAAGCGCUGCAAGUCCCUCUCAGUCUUUUCUCCAGCCUGUCUGGGGCUUGCAGCUCUGUCCAGGUUAGGAGCAUCUGCACCUUUUAUUAAGAUGUUGUUUCCUCCCUCUUCUUCGUCACUAAUUAAGACAAGUCCUAAAAAUCACCCUUUGCAGGCUCCCACCAGAUGUUGCCUUCCCUUCAUCCACCAAUGCACGUCUGUCAAAAAAAGCAAGCCAUUUUGUUAUUUUUUGUUAGCUUAGCACUCAGAGACCUCAGGUGAGCUUGGGGCCCUGUUGUGCCAAAUGCUGUACAUACUGUAGUGAGACAGUCCGGGCCCAAAGAGCUUAGUCUGCAUAGACACAACAAAGGUCAGGAAGAGAAACAGAGGCCCAGCGCAGCAAUGACUUGCUCAAGGUCACACAGAGCUCAUGACACAGCUGGGAAUAGAAUCUUGGCCAUUUGUCUGGCAAAAUCUAUUAUUUAUAAAAACAUCCACACUGCAGCUGAGCCACAGCCACAUGUCUCUCUACG